AUGCUGAAGUUUCUUUGUGCACUCUUGGUGGUUGGCCGAACUUUAAGCAAGGAGCAUAGGCUAUCCUUUGACGGUCAGUGUCCGAAAUUUAUGCCCCUACCCAAUGAGCUUUCCAAAGAGACGGCGUUCACUGGAAGUUGGUUUCUGUACGCAGUUCACCCAAACUAUCUCCAAGAAAAGUGCGUAAAACGUACUUUUCAGGGCUAUAGCAUUUGGUCGCAGUUUGGCAUAACAGAUAACGAUAAUUUCAUAGUGCAAUAUUAUUGCUAUCAGGAUAAAAAUCGGUCCAACAAACUUCAGCAUAUGAGAUCAAUCAGCAUUUUUGUCAAGGAACGUGAGCCCACGGCGGAAACCAUAGCAUCGAUUUCGAAUGCACUGAAGAGGAAUUUUAAGUUCCCGCUGAGACUACUCAACUACACCGAUAAUUCUUUUUGUACAGAAUUCGAGUAUAUAGACGCACAAUACAGAGUUUGAACCUUGGAGGGCUGUGCAAAAAUAAACCUUAAGUAAAACUA